GACUAAUGAUGACACCAGAAAUAAAAGUGUAUGCCAGAAGGUACCACAAGUAUAAGGUACACUGGACAAUACCAGCAGUAACAAACAUAUAAUUUCUUUGGAUUACAUUCUGGUACUGCUAACAAUAAGAGCUUGGAUACACUAUAUUAAAUGUUAGCUUUUCAUGAUAAUAAAUACUGUGCUAUUUAUAGUAAUGGUUUGGCCAAUUCUUUGCACAAUUUUCACAUGAUAAUGUUAGCAUGCAAUCUGCAAUAUGCUUAUCUCAUAAUAAGCACUAUUUUCUUUCUUUUCAUUAUUCCAUGUGUUUUGUGCUGUUCUUUCUGUGCAUUUCAGCUCAUGUGAGCUUAGAUCUAUGAUGAAACAACUUCCUUGAUUAAAAAGGUCACAUCUUUACAAGUUUUUUUUUUCCACUUCCUCUGUGUGCUGGGUGCAAGUAGAGAAUUAGAAAGGAAGAGAAUUUAAAAACUUCAGUGUAAUUUAACUCAAUCAUUAAUGGAGUGAGUGGAUUUGUCUAUUCUAUAAAACAUUCAGUGGGUAGUUAUUUUAAAUUUUGGCUGAUGAUAACUUAAAUAAAAUAAUAACUAAUAAUAACUUAUUAAAAUAUUUAUUUUAUGUUUCAGCCUUUUUAAAAUUAAACACGUUUGUAGUCACCACACAGCUCCAGGAUGUCCAGUUUUAUCCUGAGUUCAUUUACUCUUUGUAUGAUGCUCUGCACCACACCAACUUUGUCCAUCCUGCACUGCUCACUGGUCUCACCAUCUCUCAGGGUACAAGGAAGAAGACAUUCAUCAAGGACAGUUGACACACUGUGAUGUUCAAAAACAAAACAUUGAACACGCCCAACUUUCACACUGCAGUAAUCAGAGGAGUCUGCACUCCUUCACUCCCACUGCCUCCAUCCAAAACUCCUUCCAACGAUCCUUCCUGUAACACUGUAUUAUAAAGAUGUUCAGAUAGUGAAGGUAUAUUACACACAUUACAUUUCUAAAAUGUUCAACAUUUAAAAAACAUAACCUAAUUUAAUGCACCAAAUCAUGACUAAGCAUGGGAUAGGAAUAUGACAGUUUUUGACCUCGUGCAGACACUUUUUCUUUUCCUUUACUUUUCUUUUUGUUCUUGUUUCUUUUCUUUAGUUUAAAAAAAAAACCUAUAUCUAAAUAUCUAAAACUGUGGCAUUUAUAAUUACACCCAAAAAAGUUCUCACAAUGUCUGUUAGAGGAACAUGUGCAUGCGUGUGUAUGAGAGAGACUGAGAGAAAUUUAGAAAGCUGAUUCAAUCUAGCUUUGGUACAGAUAUGAUUUAAAUGGUCACAGAGACCGUAAUUGUGCAGGGUGUGGAGCCAUUUCUCACUUUGUGGCCUGAAUUCUAUGAACACAGAAACCUGAAAGAGUGAAGACUAGGUUGUGUUAUUAGUUUACUAUGCAGCAAGAACAGAAGAAACAAAAAUCUCACAUCAUGUGACUGUCAGCUGCCGAAGGUCUGACCUUAAUGGACCUGCCCUUAUUUUACAGUAUGUAGUAAAUUAUAUGUAUGUAUGUAUGUAUGUAUGUAUGUAUGUAUGUAUGUGUAUAUUUGUGGGUGCAUGUAUGUGUGUGUGUAUGUGUGUGUGUAUGUGUGUGGGUGCGUGUUUGUGGGUGUGUGUAUUUGUGGGUGUGCGUGUGUGUGUGUGUGUGUGUGUGUGUGUGACAGAGAGGGAGAGAGAUAAAUAAAAAAAAAGAGAGAGAGUUUAUGGGGGUUAUUGUUUUGGAAUCAGAUUUUGAAAAUGUUAAUGGAAACAGUGAAGGAGGAAAGCAGGUUAAGAAGCUCGCGAGAGUGCAGAAUUGUGCAUAGGGGGUCGCGUAACGUAAGAGUUUGAUAUUAGUCAUACAGUAUGUGACAUUUAUGACAAGGCCACUUCUUAUAACUUCAUGUUCAGAAGCUUCUGGGGGUCCUUCUCGUACAUACCUCAAUCGUCUGUUACUCUCUCAUCCUAAGAUGCUGAUCUUGUGGUGUGGUUUUCUUCUUUUGAUCCACUUCUUCUGCCAUGUCCAUCCACAGGAGUGUGACACUUCUUGGCAAUAUAAAUAUAAAAAGGAUGUUUUAAAAUGCUGCAUGAAAUGUAAACCAGGUGAACGCAUGGAGAAGGGAUGUACAAAAGAUUCUGAGACAGUGUGUAAACCAUGCAAUCCUGACUUCUACAUGGAUGAAUGCAGCAGAGAAAUGGAAUGCAAAAGAUGCACUCAAUGCACCAAAGAACACAUGGUGUAUAAGGUGAACUGCUCUAAAAGCUCUAAUGCGGUGUGUGGCUGUGAGAGGGGAUAUCAAUGCAGCGGUAAUCCCUGUACAGAUUGUGAGAAAAUCCCAGCACCAACAACGCCAACAACAACAACAACAAGAACAACGACAACAACAUCAACAUCAACAUCAACAGUAACCUCAACUACCAAAAAACCUCAGCAAACACUGUCCCAAGACAUUGUGUGGAUUACUCUGAGUCUGUGUUGUGUGUGCAUUCUGCUUACCUGUUUCAUUCUCAUCAGCAGAACCACACUUGCAUAUGGAUGGAUCAUGUUGGCUACAGCUGGUUGUUUUUGGCGGUCAGAGAAAACGUCCACUGAAUCCAGUCAGUGCACAAUGGAUGAAGAAGUGCCGAUGCCAGUACAGGAGAUGUGUGGGCACAAAGAAUGGCAAGAAGAGGUCUGAGGGAGACAGAGGGAAGCGGCGAGGACGAGGCAGGAAAAGGCACAUAAGAGUGUGGAUUGACUAUUCACUGUAAAGUCUUAGAAAAUAGCGUGUGCAGGGAGGACCGAGAGACACACUCAUCCUGCCACAAUUGGGAUACUGAGAGAGGAGGAAAAGGAAAUUCCACUAUAUCACACAUUUAAACUACUCAAUUUUCCAAGGAAACUGGGUUUUAUAUCUAAUUUAAUAUCACAUUUAAAAAAGGAGGUGGCACAGAGUUCUAUCUAUUUGUGAAGGCAUUGUGUGUGUGUGUGUGCAUCGUACCCUGCAAUAAUCUGGAGUCCCAUCCAGGGUGUAGUCGUGCCUCACACCCAGUUUUUCCACAAUAGGUUCUGGUUUUAUGACUAUUGGAGAUGAAUAGUUCAUUUUUUUA